UCUGCAGAUAGACCUCCCUUUUUGCGCGGCCAGAGCUGCCGGCGUCGGUGCGUAGCGGCGCGCAGACUUCCGCGUCCCCGGGUUCCGGCUCGUGAGCGCCGGACAACCGCGCGCCAUCUUCACCAAGCGCCAUGGCGGCGGCCGGCGGGCCGGAAGCGGCUGGAUGCUGCCCUGUGUUUAGUCUCCUUUUGCUUCUGUUGAUCGCCGGUUCUGCCUGGGGCUGGAACGACCCUGACAGAAUAUUAUUGCGGGAUAUAAAAGCUCUUACUCUCCACCAUGACCGCUAUACCACUUCCCGUAGGUUGGAUCCCAUCCCACAGUUGAAAUGUGUUGGAGGCACAGCUGGAUGUGAUUCUUAUACCCCAAAAGUCAUACAGUGUCAGAACAAAGGCUGGGAUGGUUAUGAUGUGCAGUGGGAAUGUAAGACUGAUUUAGAUAUCGCGUACAAAUUUGGAAAAACUGUGGUGAGCUGUGAAGGCUAUGAAUCCUCUGAAGACCAGUAUGUACUAAGAGGUUCCUGUGGCUUGGAGUAUAACUUAGAUUACACAGAACUUGGCCUGAAGAAAUUGAGAGAGUCUGGAAAAAACCAUGGCUUUAACUCUUUCUCUGAUUAUUAUAAUAAGUUGUACUCCCCAGAUUCUUGUAACAUCAGUGGAGUCCUUACCAUUGUGGUGCUGCUUGCUAUUGCCUUUGGAGUUUAUAAAUUCUUCCUCAGUGAUGGUCAAGACUCUCCUCCACCAUAUUCUGAGUAUCCUCCAUAUUCUCAUCAGUAUCAGAGAUUCAGCAACUCAGCAGGACCCCCUCCCACAGGCUUCAAGCCUGAAUUCACAGGACCGCAUGGUGCAACUUACGGUUUUGGCAGUGCUUUCACGGGACAAGGAGGACAUGAAAAUUCAGGACCAGGGUUCUGGACCGGCUUGGGAACUGGAGGAAUAUUAGGAUAUUUGUUUGGCAGCAAUAGGUAGGCUUUGCAUUUAUCUCACCUGCUCUU